AAACGCAUUUCGCUAUAAGAGUUUUGGCCAGAAACCUUGAUUCUCUUCGAUCAACACCAACGCAUUUCACUAUCAUUAAAGCCAUAAGAGUUUUUGGCCAUAAACCCUCGAUUCUCUUCGAUAAAUAUCAACACAUGACACUAACAUAAACUGUAAAAAAGUUGCAGUUCACAGAAGCAAUGGAGAAAUACGCAGGCUCUUUCUACAUCGUUUGCGCUAUACUAAUAACCCUUCUGCUUGCUGUAAUAAUCAUCUUCAAAUGGGCAGUAUAUACGAAACGGAGGUCACUUCCUCCUGGGCCGAGUGGCUUGCCCAUUGUUGGGUGCCUAAUCCAAAUGAUUAUUAACAAGCCAACCUUCCAAUGGAUUCACAAGAUGAUGGAUGAUAUGCACACUGAAAUUGCUUGUAUCCUUCUUGGUGGGGUUCACGUCAUUCCUGUCACUUCUCCUGAACUUGCACGAGAGUUCUUGAAGAAACAGGAUAUUAUUUUUGCAUCAAGACCUCAUUGCAUGUCUGCAAGAUUAUGUAGCAGUGGGUACUUAACUGCAAUACUUUCACCUAUGGGUGAUCAGUGGAAGAAAAUGAGGGGAGUUCUUGCUGUACACGUACUUUCACCAGCAAAGCACCGUUGGCUUCACGAUAAAAGAAUGGAAGAAGCUGAUAAUCUUGUUCGUUAUGUCUAUAACCAGUGCAAGAAUUCUUCGGAAGGUGUUGGUUUGGUGAACGUUAGAGUCGCAGCACAACAGUACUGUGGCAACGUUAUCAGAAGGAUGAUAUUCGGCAAAAGGUACUUUGGAAAUGGUAUGGAAGAUGGAGGGCCAGGCACCGAAGAGGAAGAACAUGUUGCUGCACUCUUCAAAAUUCUUUCCUCUCUCUUUGGGUUCAGCAUUUCAGAUUAUGUUCCGUGGUUGGAGUUUUUUGAUUUCGAUGGUUAUAAAGGGAUCCUAAAAAAGGCUAUUGGGAGUCUAUCUAAAUUCCAUGACCCCGAAAUACAUGGUAGGAUUCAGACCUGGAAAAAGGGGCUGAGAGAAAAUGAAGAGGAUAUUCUUGAUGUUUUGAUAAACCUCAAGGACUCAAAAGGUGCUCCGCUUUUGAUGAUUGAAGAGAUCAAAGCACAAAUUGCAGGAAUGAUGAUAGCCACAGUGGAUAAUCCAUCAAAUGCUUUUGAGUGGGCUCUUGCAGAGAUGAUAAAUCAACCCCAGAUUUUGAAAAGGGCGACUGCAGAAUUGGACUUAGUGGUUGGAAGGAACAGACUAGUUCAAGAAUCAGAUUUAAAUAAACUGAACUAUGUGAAGGCGUGUGCAAAAGAGGCAUUUAGACUCCAUCCAAUAGCACCUUUUAACGUUCCACAUGUAUCUAUGGAAGAUACAACUGUAGCUGGAUACUCUAUUCCAAAAGGUAGUCACGUAAUGUUGAGUCGUACAGGUCUUGGUCGAAAUCCAAGAAUAUGGGAAGAUCCUCUGAAGUAUAAGCCCGAGCGUCACCUCAAAGAUGAUGGCUCGGUGGUUGUUCUCGUUGAUUCUGAAUUGAACAUGUUAUCAUUUAGCAUUGGAAAGCGAGGAUGUGCCGGUGUUGUGCUUGGUUCUACCUUGACCACAAUGUUAUUUGCUAGACUUAUUCAUGGAUUCACUUGGAACGCUCCACCUGAUGUGACAAGUAUUGACUUAACUGAGUCUGAGUGUGAUCUCUUACGAGCCAAACCAUUGGUUGCACUAGCAAAACCCCGAUUGUCUUCAGACAUUUAUCAACAAAUUCAAAUUUAAAAUUCAUUGCAGGGUCUGUUAGUAUUGUUAAAAAUCUAGUUUUGUCUGUUUUGAGUCAGAUAAAAAUUAAUAUGUAGUGUUUGAAUAAGUCCCUAUUGUGGAGUCGAAUUCUAGCUAGUGAGUUGUCAAAUUAAUGGUCGUUCCGUGUUUUGAAUGGUUAUGUACACAUAUUUGGCAAGGUAACAUGAAUUUGAAAUAAAUAUUUUCCUUCCUUU